AUGGACAACCUCCAGGACAGGGUCCCCCAGCGCCAGGGGGGCUACUGCCCUGCUUUGCAGAGGCUGCUUCCUGCCGGCUUUGCAGCUGAGGCCAGGACACUCUUUGUUCUUUCAGGACCCCUGUUCCUAUUCCAGCUGCUGAACUUCAUGAUCUUCGUGGUGAGCUCAGUGUUCUGCGGGCGCCUGGGGACUGUGGAGCUGGCCGCGGUGACCCUCUCGGUGGCUUUUGUCAAUGUCUGUGGAGUGUCUGUGGGGUUCGGCUUGGCCUCGGCCUGUGACACCUUGAUGUCCCAGAGCUAUGGCGGCCCCAACAAGAAGCACGUGGGGGUCAUCCUGCAGAGAGGGGUGCUCAUGCUGCUGCUCUGCUGCUUCCCCUGCUGGGCACUCUUCAUCAACACCGAGCAGCUCCUGCUCCUCUUCAGACAGGACCCGGAUGUGUCCAGGUUGAGCCAGGAGUACGUGCUGAUCUUCAUCCCUGCGCUUCCGGCAAUUUUUCUUUAUGGCCUGCUGGCAAAGUAUUUGCAAAAUCAGGGCAUCAUCUGGCCCCAAGUCCUCAGCAGCGUCAUGGGCAACUGUGUGAAUGGCCUGGCCAACUACGUCUUGGUUUCCAUGCUGAGUCUGGGGGUCAGGGGUUCUGCCUACGCCAACACCAUCUCUCAGUUUGUGCAGAUGACCGUCCUCUUUCUCUACAUUGUGCUUAAGAAGCUGUACCUGGAAACAUGGGCAGGCUGGUCCAGUCAGUGCCUGCAGGACUGGGGCCCCUUCUUCUCACUGGCCAUCCCCAGCAUGCUCAUGAUGUGCGUCGAGUGGUGGGCCUACGAGAUCGGGAGCUUCCUCACGGGUCUGCUCAGCAUCCUGGACCUCUCUGCUCAGGCCAUCAUAUAUGAGGUGUCCACAGUUAUCUACAUGGUCCCUAUGGGGCUCAGCAUCGCCGUCUGUGUGCGAGUGGGCACUGCCCUGGGAGCUGCAGACACCGUGCAGGCCAAGCGCUCAGCUGUGUCGGGGGUCCUCUGCACAGUUGGCACCUCGCUGGUGGUGGGAGUCCUGCUGAGCGUCCUGAGAAGCAAACUGGGGUACAUUUUCACCAAUGAUGAAGAAGUCAUCAGCUUGGUGGAGCAGGCACUGCCGAUUUACACUGUCUUUCAGCUCUUCGAGGCCCUCUGUUGUGUCUUCGGUGGUGUUCUCAGAGGCACCGGGAAGCAGGCUUUCGGAGCAAUCGUGAAUACUCUCAUGUACUACGUCAUCGCUCUCCCUCUGGGCAUCGUGCUGAUCUUUGUUGUCAGAAUGAGAAUCAUGGGCCUCUGGCUGGGCCUGCUGGCCUCUGGCCUCGUGGCAGUUGCUGCCUUCGUUGUUUACACCUUCCGCCUGAACUGGAAGCUGGCUGCGGAGGAGGCUCAGAAACGCAUGGGGCUGCCCCAGCAGAGUACAGAGAGCCCCGGGAACCUUGCAAGCACGGUCCACAGACCUGGGCCUGAGAAGGAGGUUGCAUCCUCAGUGGCUACAGGCAGCUACCCUGGCAUUAUCCUGACAACAUACUCAAGGCCCGAGUGCCACCUGGAUCUGUCCAGGACUCCGGAAGCAGCCUGUGCCUUCUCAGUGCCCGCCAGCCAACCUUCGGUGAAGCAGCUGGCUCUCCGCCGGACACUGGCUCUGGGGGCAGCCUCAGCUCUGCUGACAGUGGGGCUUGUUAUCAGAUGCUUGACCAGCAGCCACUAG